AUGCACGUCAAAGCCCUCGUUCUCACCGUCCUCCUGACCGCCGCGCUCGGAGAAGCCCGAUGGGACGGUAAAUGCACAAAGAACGGAAAAUGCAAGCACCUCUUCAUGAAAUUCUCCUGCGACAGGGGCACCUCGUGCAAGGGAGCUGAAGGCCGCCCUUGCAAGAUAGAUGGUAUAGUGCCGGCGUAUUAUGUUGAAUGCCCUAUUCAGGUUGAGCCGGAACCGUAUGGUGAUGAAGUUGCUGAAGAAAAUGAUUGA